UCACUUAUCGCCAGUGGAACGCAAACACAGGAAGUAAUACCAAACACAGACAGGAAGUGAUGUCAGCUGAGGACAGGAAGUUCUGGGCGAGAGAUUAGCAGGAGGUAGAGAUCAGACAUUGCUGGAGCUGGCAGCAGAGGAGAGACCUGACUGAAGAGGGGACAUAAAGAUCUCUACAAGGAAGUCAUGAUGAAGAAACGGCCUCCUCUCACAUCACCGGAUGGAUCCAGUAAUGGGAACCCACCAAAGCGAAGUCUCCGUUCUCUGUAUUCCCGGGAUUCCACACAGGAAGAUCACACCAGCUCUGACCUUGAUCAGAGUGGAGAUCUUGAAGAUUUUAAUAUAAUUGUUAAAGAAGAGUAUAAAGAUGAAGAUGAGGAAUAUGGUGAAAUGGAGGAGUCUUCCGAAGGACAUAAGGAUGCCAUGAAGGAGCCAUCCAGUAAUGAACACUCACCAGAGAGAGGUUCCCAAGAUUCCACACAGGAAGAUCUCGUGAUCCUUCACCAUAAACAGGGUAAAGGACCGAAGAUCAUCAAAGUUAAAGAGGAAGAAGAAGAGAAGUUGGUGAGUGGAGAGGUGGAGAGUGCUCCUCUGUGUUCCCAGGAUUCCACACAUGAAGAUGACAACUCUACAGUGAAUGAUCAGGAAGAAGACCUGAAAGACAUAACAAUUGAGGUUAAAAUAAAAGACGAAAUGUUUGAGAGUGACGAAGAUCAAGAGGAGGAAGAGGAGAGGACUACUAGAAGUAAACAGAAAUCUGCUCUACACAUCGACACAAAUGGACACUACGUCCCAAAAUGUUCAGAUUGCGGAAAAAGUUUUGACACCAAAGGCGAUCUUGUUAAACACCAGAAGACUCACAAGGACAAACGCCCUUAUUCGUGUUCAGACUGCGGGAAACGUUUUGCUGAGAGAGGAAAACUUCUUAGACACCAAAAAAUUCACAUAGAUGAAGGCCCUUAUUCAUGUUCUGAGUGUGAGAAAACCUUUACGCGUAAAGGAAAUUUAAUUAACCACGAGAAAUUUCACAAGGACAAGAAACGUUUCUCGUGUGCAGAGUGCGGGAGGGGUUUUACUGACAAUGGUAAGCUUGUAGCACACAAGAAAACUCACACGGGUGAGCGCUCUUUCUCAUGUCCAGAGUGUGGGAAAAGCUUUGCUGACAAAUCAAAGCUUCUUGCACACAAGAAAAGGCACUCGAGUGAGCGUCCUUUCUUGUGCGGGGAGUGCGGGAAAUGUUUUGCCGAGAAAGCAAAAUUUCUUCUGCACCAGAGAAGACACACGGGUGAGUGUCCUUUUCCUUGUUCUGAGUGCGGGAAGAUUUUCGUUCAGAAAGGAGACCUUAUUAAGCACCAGAGAAUUCACACAGGAGAGCGUCCUUUUUCCUGUUCAGAGUGCGGGAAAUCUUUUACUGAGAAAGGAAGCCUUCAUACACACCAAAAAGGUCACACAGGUGAACGCCCCCAUACGUGUUCCGUGUGCGGUAGAGGUUUCAUAAUGAAAACUACGCUUGUUGUUCACCAGAGAAUUCACACGGGUGAGCGCCCUUAUUCAUGUUCAGUGUGCAAGAAAAGUUUCAGGGUGAAAAAUUCCCUUGUUGUGCACCAGAGAAUUCACACAGGUGAGCGCCCGUACACAUGUUCCGAGUGCGGGAAAGGUUUCGUUCAGAAAGCCGACCUCAUGACUCACCAGAGAAUUCACACAGGCGAGCGCCCUUAUGAGUGCACGGUGUGCAAGAAACGCUUUAACGAAAAGGGCACUCUUAUUAAACACCAGAGGAGUCACACCGGUGAGCGUCCUUACCAGUGCUCCGAAUGCGGGAAGCGUUGUAUUAAGAAAGGAGACCUUGUUAACCACCAGAGAAUUCACACGGGCGAGCGUCCUUAUUCAUGCUCUGAGUGUGGGAGGAGCUUCAUUCGGAAAGGACACCUAAUAAACCACCAAAAAACGCACACAGAGAAGCCAGAAAAGCGUUGUUUCUCAUGUAUAGAGUGCGGGAAACUUUUUGUUGAGAAAGCAAAACUUAUCAUACAUCAGAGACGUCACACGGGUGAGCGUCCUUUCCCAUGUGCAGAGUGCGGGAAAUGUUUCAUUGAUAAAGGAAAACUUUCUCUACACCAGAGAUGUCACACUGGAGAGCGUCCUUAUCCAUGUUCAGAGUGCGGAAAAUGUUUCACCCACAAAGUAAACCUUGUUAAACACCAGAGAAUUCACACAGGUGAGCGUCCUUAUUCAUGUUUAGAGUGCGGGAAAUGUUUCACUGAGAAAGGAAGCCUUGUAAUACACCACAAAUGUCACACUGGUGAGCGUCCCUAUUCCUGUUCAGUGUGUGGUAAAGGUUUCCUCAUGAAAACUGCGGUUGUAAUACACCAGAGAAUUCACACAGGUGAGCGUCCAUAUUCAUGUUCUGUGUGUGGGAAAUGUUUCAGUGUGAAAAGUUCGCUUGUAGUACAUGAGAGAAUUCACACAGGUGAGCGCCCUUAUUCAUGUUCGGAGUGCGGGAAAUGUUUCAUUAAAAAGGGAGACCUUCUUACACACCAGACACGCCACACAACUGAACUUUCUUUUUCAUGUUCAGAGUGCGGCAAACACUUCACAAAGAAAGGACAUCUCAUUAAACACCAAAUAAUUCACACAGGUGAACUUACUUUCUCAUGUUCAGAGUGCGGGAAAUGUUUCAUUAGGAAUGGACAGCUUCUUAAACACCAGAGAAUUCACAGUGGUGAGCGCCCCUUUUCAUGUUCAUACUGCGAGAAAUGUUUUCUUAUGAAAGGAGCUCUUCUUAUACACCAAAGAACUCACACCGGUGAACGUCCUUACUCGUGUUCAGAGUGCGGGAAAUGUUUUUCUGCGAAAGGAAGCCUUAAUAUACACCAGAGAAUCCACACUGGCGAACGUCCUUAUUCAUGUUCAGAGUGCGGGAAAGGUUUCUCUGAGAAGGGGAAGCUUAAUAAACAUCAGAGAAUUCAUACAGGGGAGCGUCCUUAUUCGUGUUCAGAGUGCGGGAAAAGUUUCAUUGAGAAGGGAAUACUUCGCACGCACCAGAGAAUUCACACAGGCGAGCGCCCUUAUUUAUGCUCAGAGUGCGGGAAAUGUUUCAUUGAGAAAGGAGCACUUGUUGUACACCAGAGAAUUCAUACGCGCUAGUCUUCUAUUUCAUAUUUAGUGUUACCAACCUCUAAGCUGUGCCCAUGAGAGACGUUUUUUAAGGUUCAGAGUGUGGGAAAUGUUUUAAGCACAAAGGAAAUUAAUUGGACAUCAGAGCUGCCAUUGAAUGAGUGAAAAUGUUUGUAAAAACAGCUGUAUGUUUCAUAAAAGUAAGUACAGUGGAACCUCGGAUUACGAGAAUAAUCCGUUCCAGGAGAAUGCUCGUAAUAUCAAAGCGAGUUUCCCCAUAGAAGUCAAUGGAAACAAAAAUAAUUUGUUCCGCCUUGGCUUCAAUGGCAUGUAAUACCGCAUGCAGCCAGAGGCGGGGGGUUCCGGAGAGCCUCGAGAAAAGGCCCGAGGACAGGUCAGCUGACCUCGGCAAAACACAGAAAAGGCUUGGGAAAGGACUAUUUCCGUGUCUUUCCGAGCAUUCCCGAACGGCUGCAAUCGGUGCCGUUGAGGUCUGGCUUCCCCCACCGCAGGCCAAAACGCGGUACUGCACAACGCUUUGGCCUGAAUCCUGCUCGCUUUGCGAGACAACACUCGCAAACCGCUUUAGGAUUUUUUUAAAUACAGUGCUCGUACUGCGAAACGCUCGUUAACCGCAUUACUCGCAAUCCCAGGUUCCAUGUAAGUGAUAUGUAGAGUUUGGUGGCCAGAGUCUCCUGUAGCUUCUUCUAAUGCUUGGAACCUCCAGUGGUGAGAUCUGCCAGCCACAGGUCCUGGCUACAUUUCUACACUCUCCCACAUUGGGGUGUCCCCAUUUAUUUUUCUGCAAUUCCUAUAAUUUAAAAAUAAAUUUAGCAAGGAGAGUGGAAGCCCUAUCUAAAGGAUGCAGCAUCUAUGAACAUUCCCCAAACUCAACUCUCCCUACCAGCCACCAUAACCUUAGUAUGAGGAUCCGUUUCAGCCUACAUGUCUCCGCCAAGAAACCAUACCCUCUGACGUGUUUCGCCUCUCCGCCAAGAAACCAUACCCUCUGACGUGUUUCGCCUCUCCACCAAGAAACCAUACCUUCUGACGUGUUUCGCCUCGCUGCCAAGAAACCAUACCCUCUGACGUGUUUUGCCUCUCCGCCAAGAAACCAUACCCUCUGACGUGUUUUGCCUCUCCGCCAAGAAACCAUACCCUCUGACGUGUUUCGCCUCUCCACCAAGAAACAAUACCUUCUGACGUGUUUCGCCUCGCUGCCAAGAAACCAUACCCUCUGAUGUGUUUCGCCUCACCCAUCAGGGCUUAGUCAUAGGACCCUAUGACUAAGCCCCCCUCCCCCCAGUGGGCGUGGAAACAUGCAUUGGGGGUGUGGUUUCUUGUAGGCUGACACCGAUUCUCAUACACAGGUUAUGGUGGCUGGUUGGGAGAGUUGAGUUUGGGAGAGCAGCGUUUUUUCUAUUUGCUGCACAUAUGGCUCUCGAUGAGCAUACUGACAGCCUACACCCCUUCACUUGCGAUUUGUGGUAAUGGAAUCCCUGGCUUUGAGAAGCUUUCCAAGCUUAGUCUAAAAUCCCCUGAACUCAAGAUAUAUUGGUGUACCACCAAACUUUUGUAACCACACAAGCGUUAGAUUCUUUUCAACGAGGGGAGAAGAGGCCCAUACAGUACAUGUGAACUGUGGGGUAUUGCAGACUGGCAAUUAUAUAUGGUAAUUCUUUGGAAUUCGGUUGGUUACACAUCUUCAUGGUUGAAAUCAUAAUAAAAACGGUCCUCUAAAUAUACAGCUCUGACUUGUUCCCACACCCACACACAUGGCUCUAUCGUACUAAACUAUACUACACAUACUACAUACCUACUACAUGACCAAAUAUUGUGAUACGGUAGCACUUUUCAUAGGUUGCUAUUUAUCUGCUGUAUGUCCUUGUUAAUCAAUGUUAUAUGUUUUUUUCUUCAGUUAUACAAGAUUUGAAUUAAAUUCUGUGUUAGUCAUCUAUUCUGAUUUUCUAAAAUAAAAAGGAAAGCUCCACACAUUCCAG